CUUGCGUGGUCGAAGCUUGGGGAGUGCAUGAUGGUUAUAUCAGAAUUGCGCAAUACCUAUUGGGGUGCAGACUUCACCUUCAAGCUUUUUGAAACUGCGCAGGCUAUUCUGAAAGGCUCCGGAGAUCAGUCCGCAAGACAAAGUAACGGCUUCGACAGAAACCCGGACAACAGCAAUGCAAAUGGGCCAAACGACCAAGGAGAGACGGCCGUCGACAUCGACAAUCGUCUUCAAUCCAAUCCUUUCUAUUUGAUGGACGGCUCUAACAUAUCUUUCGAUCAAAUUUACAGUGAUCCCCUAUAUGAGAUACCAGACCCCGCCAUUGUUGACCCGUGGAGUCUGGAAGAAUUUCAAAACAUGUUCGACUUGCCGUUUAACAUGAAUGCGCCAUGAGGCCGUCUCCAGAGUAUCUGGAAGC